AUGCCUUUAGGUCUGGAAAGCUGUCCAGAACCUGUUGUCGAAUGUAUUGUUCAGCUGCUAGACCUCGACGAUAUUUGCAAUCUUCGCCUCACCUGCAAAUCACUUGCCUUGAGAUCCUCUCAGUAUCGUUUCAGGACGUUCUUUCGUUCGAAACACAUCAAGCUUAUGGUUGAUGCUCUACGGACAUUCGCUGAGGGUAUUCAAGCUGGGGGUCUUCAAUCUCUAAUCCAGCACCUGUAUCUUGUAGGUAUCGUUGAUGAAUGCGGAAGCCGGAAACCAGGGAGGCAAAAUUAUUGGCAAAAUGAAGAAACGCGGAGGACGCAAGAAGUCAAUCUACUUAGCCAAGCAUUCAACGGGCUUGCAAAAUACAGCAAGAACGGAAGUCCUCGGUUGCUUACACUACGAGUAGCCAUUGUCCGUAACGGCGAAGAAACAACCUUACCUGCCGAUUCAGGGCCUUUAGUCCCCUUGCAGAGGAGUGUGUGGCUACGCACAAUGCACACGUUUGAUACGGUUGUAUCUGCAUUAGCCGCGAGCGGCUUGCGCAUUGACGGCCUCAACAUCUUCAGCGAACCGGACAUGCAUUGCUCUAGCUUGGCGUGCGAUCAAAUCAAUGCAAUCGAGUGGAAUGACUCCGGUUUUGCUAAGACUUUGGCAACCCUAAGGUCAUUAUCAAUAAGCCUCUCCACUCGGGUUUUCGCGUUUCCUAGAGCUCUACAAGAGAACAAACAGGACGUGGGGCGAUCCUCCAAGAGGGAUGCGGCUGAGGUACAAGCAGAGGCUGAAGAUGAAAACGACUUUGUCGGCCUUUCAAGACUCCUUCGGCUAUGCAACCAACUUGAAAACUUGGAAAUAAAUUAUCUUCGGGUCCCAAUAGGUUAUUCGGCCUUAGUCGGUCAUUUCUACUACGAAACCAUUCUACAGCGCAUAGUCGAACUCGAUAGGCUGCCCAUCCUAAAGCGUUGCAAGUUUUCUGGGAUUUCUGCCAAAGAGGCGGAUCUGCUUGGAUUUAUUCAGCGGGCACGAGUCCGUGAGCUAUCACUCGAGAAGGUGAUACUAUGUACAGGAACAUUUCGGUCAACCUUCGAUUACUGUACCAGCAGGGCGGCAAGUAUGACGAACCUACAUUUUGACACUUUAUAUGAGACUUUAUAUGAUAGUCAUUAUGUUGAGAAAAGGAUUUUUUUUGCUGGUGGCGGAAAGUCUCGAACAGGCUUUCCUUCCGCACUCGCUACUGAAAGGCUGGACCGAGAAGAGGUGAGUGUUAGGACUUCUAUUAUUUACUAUAUCUCACCACGAACGCCGAUCGACAAUCCAUGGAUCCCAGAAUGGGGGAGGUUCAGGCGCACGGAAAAUGGCACAUGA